UUGCGCAUUUCCUGCAGCUCGCGCUUACUCGCGGAUUCAGGAGAGUGGGGACGGGAAACGAGGGGGGGCGCGCGCAAGGAUCGAAAGCAGAAAAAAAAAAAAAGCCAACGGGAGUGGAUCACUGUGAUGUGUUCAGGCUGAUCGUGAGCCCCAAACAACCGCUGCGUUCGGGCAUUUGAAAGGCUUUGCAGUCCCGACAGAAGGCGCAGAUACCGCGGCACCGUGAGGUCGAGCCAAGGAGCUUAUCACAGCGAAGAGAGAGAGACACAGAGACACAGAGAGAGAGAGAGAGAGCCGAGACGGGCUGGACACGGAGCACCAAUCCCGGAUGGCUAGGCGCGGCAGCUCGCGCUCUCUCCCACCCUGACCUGGGACAGACACACAAGGACCGCGCAGAGGCUCCAGUGGACACAACCGGAGCCCGUUAACGUGCACCUCCCUCCCGCCCAGACGUUUGUAUCCCGGCCUGUUUCCUUAUUUACUUGAAAUCUGGUCUGGCGCACUGGUCUGGUCCUACCGUAAACAAACAAGAGAGAGAGCGAGAGAGAGAGAGAGAGAGAGAGAGAGGAGCUGUGAAGGGUGUGAGUCUGUGUUAGUACUGCAGUGUUAGUACGUUUUUCAGACCCGUCGGCUGUGUGCGUGUUUAAGUGUAUGUGUGUGUGUGUGUGUGUGGAUAACACAGUGUUCUGAUAUGGCUGUACUAGACUGAGAGUCAAAGGAGCCAGCGGCAUUAUGGGAUGUAGCAGGACUGUGCAGUGACCCCGCUCAUUGGAAGGAAACAGUCUGUGUACAGGAGCAGGAACAGCCUCAACACACACACACACACACACACACAAUUACACACUCUCACACACACAUCCCUGUAUAGCCUGUAGCCAUGCCUGUGUUCAGUGGCCUGUUGAAGGUGCGAGUGUGUGAAGCUGUGGACCUGAAACCCACUCCGUGGGCCCUGCGUCAUGCUGUGGGAAAGAGCGGAUCCUUCCUUCUGGAUCCUUACUUGGCCCUGAACCUAGACCAAACCCGAUUGGGCCAGACCGCCACCAGGACCAAGACCAACAGCCCGGCCUGGCACCAGGAGUUCUGCACUGAGGUCCGUGAGGGAAGGAGUCUGGAGCUGUCUGUGUUCCACGAUGCGCCCAUUGGUUAUGAUGACUUUGUGGCCAACUGCACCAUCCAGCUGGAGGACCUGCUGCAGAAUGGAACCCGGCACUAUGAAGACUGGAUUGACCUGGAACCAGAGGGGAAAGUGCAUGUGAUCAUUGAUCUGUCUGGAUCCUCCACGGAGGCCUCGGGAACCAACGACAAUGAGGAGCGAGUGUUUCGAGAGAGGAUCGGCCCGCGCCGAAGACAGGGCGCCGUCCGACGACGCGUCCAUCAAGUCAACGGACACAAGUUCAUGGCCACCUAUCUGAGACAACCGACCUACUGCUCACACUGCAGAGAUUUUAUAUGGGGCGUGCUGGGGAAGCAGGGAUACCAGUGUCAGGUGUGCACAUGUGUCGUUCAUAAGCGCUGUCACGAGCUCAUCAUCACCAAAUGUGCUGGGAUGAAGAAGCAGGAGGACACACCGGAGGAGGUGGGUUCACAGCGGUUCAGUGUUAACAUACCCCAUAAGUUCAGUAUCCACAACUACAAGGUCCCCACCUUCUGUGACCACUGUGGUUCUCUGCUGUGGGGCCUCAUGAGGCAGGGCCUGCAGUGCAAAGUGUGUAAGAUGAAUGUGCACAGGCGGUGCGAGAAAAAUGUAGCUCCUAACUGCGGCGUGGACGCCCGAGGAAUUGCUAAGGUGCUGUCUGACCUGGGAGUCACGCCUGACAAGAUCUCCAACACGGCGCAGCGCAGGAGGAAGUUGACUCCAGGGCAGGACCCUCCUCAGUCUCCUCCUGAGCUCACUCAGACUGAGGAGAACAGCUUCAGCCAGCCAGCUGUCCCCACCUCCCCCUCACAGCAGGACUUGGCAGAGUUGGAGCGCCUGCAGGACUCGCUUUCGCUCGACCAGCAGGGACCCCAACACUCCUCCUCCUCUUCCUCCUCCACCACCUCCUCUUCCUCCACGUCCUCGUCGGCAGGCAGGGAGAACGGACAGAGUCAGAGAAGGACCCUGAAGGACUUCAACUUCAUCAAGGUUCUCGGCAAAGGCAGCUUCGGCAAGGUGAUGCUGGCAGAGCUGAAGGGGACAGAGGAGGUUUAUGCUGUCAAAGUUUUGAAGAAGGACGUGAUCCUGCAGGACGAUGACGUAGACUGCACCAUGACCGAGAAGCGGAUCCUGGCCCUCGCCCGCCGACACCCCUACCUCACUCAGCUCUACUGCUGCUUCCAGACACGGGACCGUUUGUUCUUUGUAAUGGAAUAUGUGAACGGUGGAGACCUAAUGUUCCAGAUUCAGCGAUCCAGGAAGUUUGAUGAGCCUCGCUCUCGGUUCUACGCUGCCGAAGUCACCUCAGCCCUCAUGUUCCUGCACCGUAAUGGGGUCAUCUACAGGGAUCUGAAGCUCGAUAACAUUUUGUUGGACGCCGAGGGACACUGUAAGCUGGCAGACUUUGGCAUGUGCAAAGAAGGCAUCAUGAACGGAGUGACCACCACCACCUUCUGUGGCACACCCGACUACAUCGCUCCGGAGAUCCUGCAGGAGCUGGAGUACGGAGCGUCGGUGGACUGGUGGGCCCUGGGCGUGCUGAUGUAUGAAAUGAUGGCCGGACAGCCUCCGUUUGAAGCUGAUAAUGAAGACGACUUGUUCGAGUCAAUUCUCCAUGACGACGUCCUGUAUCCUGUGUGGCUCAGCAAAGAGGCUGUUUCUAUCCUGCGAGCGUUCAUGACCAAGAACCCGGCCAAGCGUCUGGGCUGCGUAGUGAGCCAAGGUUGUGAGGAGGCCAUCAAGACUCAUCCCUUCUUCAGAGAGAUUGACUGGGUCCUGCUGGAGCAGAGAAAAGUCAAACCACCCUUUAAACCCCGAAUUAAGACAAAGCGAGAUGUGAAUAACUUUGACCAGGACUUCACUAAGGAAGACCCCGUGCUGACGCCGACAGACGAGGCCAUCAUCCGACAGAUUAACCAAGAGGAGUUCAAGGACUUCUCCUACUGCGCCCCUGAGGAAACACAGACCUAACACACACACACACAAAAACACAGACACAUGCAUGCACACACACACACAGCACACAACUUUAAAACCUGGCAAACACAAGUACACACAUACUGACACUAGAACCAUAAAUCCCUUUAGACAACAUACACACAUGAAUACACACACACACACACACACACACACACACACAAUCCUUUACUUUGAAGCUAUUGGUUGUUGUUGUUUUUGGAAUAUUCUUUACUUGCAUUGUGUUGUUCUUGUUGCCUGGGUUUAUUAUGAAUUAUGAUGUAUAUGUAUAUGAAUAUGAACAUGAAUUCAAUCACCUGCACAUGCAAUCGCACACAUUCCCAUGUGCACAAAUAUAGCACAGGAUCUCACACAGACACACACACACACACACACUCAACAAUCUCAAGUUUUCACACGCUUUCACAUACCUACAGGCUACUGCAUAUGCACGCACACAAACACUACACACACACACACACGCACACACACUCUGCUUCUCUCCCCAGCACCUGUAUACAUGUGGACUGUCGGUGCUGGGUGCAGAGCUCUGUAUAUAGCCUGUGUUGAGUGGCUGUAUUGUGUUGGUAUUGUCUGCUAGUAAAGGAGAAUCGUGGCGCAUGGACAAGCACCCACCUGUGUUAUUACUGUCCUUAAUGUGGACCAGCUAGGGCCAAAUACCCUUUGUGCAAUACCCUGACUAUCUAUAUAUUUUAUUUUUUUCACGUGUUAUUUUUGUCCCCACCCUUUUUUUUUUUUUCUUCCCUCAAAAUGUUUUUAUUUGUGUUGGGUUGUGGUCUGAUCGUUGUAUGACUGUAAUCUUGCUUUCAUCUUGUCCUCCUUUUCCUCUGUGUACAAAGUGAAUGUCGAGCAUACAAGAUACAGGCUAUUGAACUAAUUAUGUGGAGCAGAGUGUUACGGGUGGCCCGUGUAGCAGUGAAAAGCACGUUUUUUUCAGCUAUCGCAUCCAUCUGCUAGUUUCAGAGUCCGCGUCGCUCCCGCCGGCGAGAAUGUGCUGGCCUGUGGGCGUUUUUUUUUCUCUUCUGUGAAUGUACAUU